UUGUCCGCGCAUAAUUUCCUACGAAUAGUUGGCAGCGAGUUCUUAUGACAGGUUCAGUUCACAAUGAAACGAAAGCACGCGGCAUUAUACGUGUGCUUUGUGCUUUAAUAUACAGUCUGAUGAAAGCAAAGUGGUACGGCAGUACAGAGGCACAGCCCAGGCGCACGAUCUACAUGGCCAGCGAUGUCGACGCUUCUUCAAACGUGCAGACCCCGCCCCAGCGAAGCCAAUGGACCAGCCACCUUCCUCGCACCAACUUGGUCACCAACCCCAACCCAACGCCAGCAAUGGAGGAGCUCUUCUUCUCCUCCUAGCUAGCUCAGCUCCACGAUCGUGAUCUAUGGGCUCCGCCACGGGCGCCGAAGCGCCGGUGCGCCUGCACGGCGACCUGGAGGUGUGGAUCGCGGAGGCCAGGCGGCUGCCCAACAUGGACAUCACGUCGGAGCGGAUGCGGAGCUGCUUCACCGCCUGCGUCAGCGGGGAGGGCGGGUCCAGGAGCGGCGGCAGCACCACCCACAAGAAGAAGAAGAAGCGGCUCAUCACCAGCGCCAGCUACGCCUACGUGUCCCUCUGCCUGGCGGGCGCCACGGUGGCGCAGACCCGGGUGAUCCCCAACUCCGGCGGGCCCCGGUGGGACGAGCGCUUCCGCGUCGAGGUCGCGCACGCCGCCGCCACCCUCGACCUCCACGUCAAGGACAACCACGUCUUCGGCGCCCGCCUCAUCGGCGUCGCCUCCGUGCCCGCCCGCCGCCUCGCCGCCGGGUCCCUCGUCCACGGCUGGUUCCCCAUCAUCCACCACGGUCACCACCAUCACCAUCACCACCACAGCCCGGCCGCCGAGCUGCGCUUCUCCCUGCGCUACACCCCUGCCCAGCUGCAGCACGACAGCAGCCCGCUGUGCGCCGGCGUGCCCAACGCCUACUUCCCGCUCCGGCGGGGCGGCCGCGUCACGCUCUACCAGGACGCGCACGUCGCCGACGGGCAGCUGCCUGACAUCGAGCUCGACGGCGGCGCGACGUACACGCACGGCCGGUGCUGGGAGGACAUCUCCCGCGCCGUCGUCGACGCGCACCACCUCGUCUACGUCGUCGGCUGGUCCAUCCACCACCCCGUCCGGCUCGUCAGGGAGCCCGCCGCCGGCGCCGGCACUGGCACCGCCAUGAAGACGCUCGGGGAGCUCCUCAAGGGCAAGGUCCACGAGGGCGUCCGCGUGGUCAUGCUCAUCUGGGACGACAAGACCUCGCACGACAGGUUCCUCCUCAAAACGGACGGCGUGAUGCACACCCACGACGAGGAGAGCAGGAAGUUCUUCAGGCACUCGGGCGUCCACUGCGUGCUGGUUCCCCGCUACGGCAGCAACAAGCUCAGCAUCUUCAAGCAGCACGUUGUGGGGACUCUGUUUACGCACCAUCAGAAAUGCGUGAUCGUCGAUUCGCAGGCCGCGGGAAACAACCGCAACAUCACCGCAUUCCUCGGCGGUCUGGACCUGUGUGACGGCAGAUAUGAUACGCCUGAGCAUAGGCUUUUCAAUGACCUUGACACUGUUUUUCACAAGGAUUUUCAUAAUCCUACCUUCCCUGUUAAUUCUUAUGGACCCAGACAACCCUGGCAUGACUUGCACUGCAAAGUCGAGGGUCCUGCCGCCUAUGACAUAUUGACAAACUUCGAACAACGAUGGCGUAAAGCCACGAAAUGGAGGGUCAACCUUAAAAAGGUUGUUAUUUGGCAUUACGACACAUUGAUCAAGAUUAAACGGAUGCCCUGGAUCGUUUCACCUUCUACCGAUGAGGCGAAUGCGCGUGUUUGUCACGAACAGGACACAGAAAACUGGCAUGUACAGGUUUUCAGGUCAAUUGACUCAGGAUCUGUCAAGGGGUUUCCUAAACUUGUCCAAGAGGCACAGUCACAGAAUCUAGUUUGUGCCAAGAAUCUAAAAAUUGACAGGAGCAUACACAGUGCAUACGUGAAAGCCAUCAGGUCUGCACAACACUUCAUAUACAUCGAGAACCAGUACUUCAUUGGGUCUUCAUUCUGCUGGCAUUCACACAAAAAUACAGGUGCAGACAAUUUAAUACCCGUCGAGCUGGCCUUGAAGAUUGCGAGCAAGAUCAAAGCGAAGCAGCGAUUUGCGGUCUACAUUGUUAUCCCAAUGUGGCCUGAAGGCAUCCCAACCACAGCAGCAGUGCAGCCAAUCCUCUUUUGGCAGGGGCAAACCAUGUCUAUGAUGUACAAGAUCAUAGCGGACGCUCUCGAGAGCCAGGGUCUCGUCGACUCCCAUCCUCAAGACUAUCUGAACUUCUACUGCCUCGGGAGACGCGAGCUCGCCGCCACUCCAGAGGCGAGCUUAUGCAACGACAACUCUGCUCUGGGCAUGGCGCAGAAGCACCGGCGGUUCAUGAUCUACGUGCACUCCAAAGGAAUGGUGGUGGACGACGAGUACGUGGUGAUCGGGUCGGCCAACAUAAACCAGAGGUCCAUGGAAGGGUCCAGGGACACGGAGAUCGCCAUGGGCGCGUACCAGCCGCACCACACCUCGGCCGGAAACCGCGGCGGCCCUCCUCGCGGACAGGUGUACGGGUACAGGAUGUCGCUGUGGGCGGAGCACCUGGGCGGCAGGGCGGAGGAGUGGUUCCGGCGGCCCGAGUCGGAGGAGUGCGUACGGCGGGUGAACGCGGCGGCGGAGGAGAACUGGCGGGCGUACGUGUCGCCGGACGAGGCGACGAGGGGCCACCUGAUGCGGUACCCCGUGAAGGUGGACAGGGACGGCGGCAUCGGGCCACUGCCGGGCCACGAGUGCUUCCCGGACGUCGGCGGCAAGGUCCUCGGCGCGCAGUCAUCUCUGCCCGAUGCUCUCACCACGUAAUUAAGCUAACCAAUUGUUAGGAUCCAAAGAACACUAGAUCUUGUACAAUGCAAGGUGCUUUAGAAAAGGUGCUUGAAGAAAUAAAUCAGACUUUUCUUAAGCACCGGUGCUAAUCAGGCGUCUCUCGUGUAGAAAUAUGAACCGGUGCUUCAGAAAACCCAGUUUAUUUAUUUAAGCACCUCUCUGAGCAACUAGCACUGUACAAGGCCUAACGAGACAGUACUCAAAAGAAAAAAGAAAAAGAAAAACUGUAAUAACGUAGAUGGCUAGUUUUUUGGGUGAAAUUUUGUGGUUUGCUUAAUUUUGUUACUGCAUGAUGCGCGCCGCAUACUCGCGUUGCUAGGGGAUUGGUGCAAUAUGUUUUGAUGAGAUUUAAUUGUUAUGAAUAUUUGGAUAUAUAAUACGAGAACUGAAACAAAUAUUUAGAUGAGUAA